AGCCCCUUAGAUACUGGAACACUGCUAUCAUGUCACCCCUAGUCCUUUUCAUUCAACUAGACAUACCCAAUUCCUGCAACCAUUCAAGAUGUGCUGUGGUUAUUUUGAACGCAUCUUGAAUGAUACCAAAUUUUGGGAGAGAAGCAAGGUGGCAGGUUCCUGGGAUGUAGAAAGUUACCUGGGAAUGCAAUUCUUUCCCCUACAUUAACCUUCCUACCUUCAGUGCUGGGGCAGACACAUAUGUAAUGUACAUAUAUAAUGUCAGUUGAGCUAUUUGGGAAGAACAGCCUAGGAAUCCAGGACCAUAAGCAGUCUCCAGGACAGCACCUUUUUGCAAUCCUCACCAGAGUUCUGAUUUACAAUCUGAAGCAGCAGGAUCUACUCUCUGCCUUUGUCAUAGCUGUCACUCUGCUGCUUGCUUCUCAUUGCAUCCUUUGCCAGAUUGACAGCAACGGUGCGGGGAGGAGGGGGGAGGGUGAGAAAUUGGAAUAUGAGUGGUUAGGGAGGGUUUGGCUUUGAAGCAGAGGAGAUUUUACCGAGGAAGUUACGGAAACGAUGUCUGCUCCAGGGAAAGAGCCAGAGCAGAGGAAGACAACUGUGGACAAGGCAGAGGGAUCCCACAGAGGACCCAGGCAGCCCCAAUCACUGGUGCUUGUCCAAAGGUUGUAGGAGAAUGGCCUGCGGUGCCAACUGGGAAAAACCCCACACUCCCCACAUGGGGAGUUGGACACUUGGGAGAAGUAGAAGAACCUUCCGCAGGGCCAAACAAGGUAAGGGGAGAUCGCUGGAAGGCCUGAUGCCCUAUUAGAUGGGAGGACCAGACCGACUGGAGAACCCCAAGUUCCAUCUCCAGCAAAGCAGCAGAGCAGCUAAGAGAUUCCAGGCCCUGGAAGUAUGGAACCCUCCCAUUCAGGGAGCCGUUGCCAUGCCUCCCAACCCUGCAGCCCCACUGUGCUUGCAACUCCACCAAUGGCUCUGCCCGCUGCCUGAGCAGCUACCACUCCUGCAAUUGCCCUGCCAAUGGCUGCCCUGCUAGCACAGGCCCCACCCCUGGGCCUGGGGGAUUGCCCUCCACCACUCCUGAUGGUUAAGUUCGAUGGGAUGCCAAAGCACUGGCCUAUUUCCUAACUCAAGUUAGGCGUUACAUGGGAACGCUAUGGGGCCAUGUACCCAGACAAUGCUGCCUCCAUUGACUAUGUGGUCUUGUUGCUAGAUGGAGAUGCGACGGAAUGGCUGGUGGCCUUCCACGAUGAUGCGCAGGAACUGGGGCAUUUUGAUACAUUCGUGAGAAUCUUACAGCAAGGGUUUGAAGACCCCUACACAAAUUAAUGAGCUGAAACCCACAUUCGAAAUAUCAGGCAAGGGAAGUGAUCAGUGGCAGAGUAUAUCCAGGAGUUCUGCAGACUAGCCAGCUGGUUGGGAGAGUGGCCCCAAUGCCUGCUGAUAAUCUACUUAACGAAGAGUUAUACCACACUUGCUUUUCCCGAGGGGUACCACGAAGUCUCCAGGCAUGCUACCUGCUGGCCAGUGAGGUGGAAAUCGACCUAGAUGAAUUCCAUGAACGCACAGGGAGAAACAGCCACAGAUACCCUAAUCCUGAAAGGUGAGGAGCACAAAAAGGGGGUAGAGGGGGCUCAUCUCCUUCAAAAAGCUCCAAAUCCCAAUGGAGCUUAAUUGCAUGUUUCUGCUGCGGCAAAGAUGGGGCACCCAAGCGCAUUAUCUCAGACCGUGGCAUCCAAUUUACUUUUAGUUUUUGGCAGGAGUUCCUAAAGGUGUUAGGUACAGCUCAGGGGCUAAGCUCCUCUUUCAGACCAAUGGAGGCUGAGAGAACUAAUGGCAUGUUGCAGCAGUACCUCCAUUGUUACAUUAAUUACCAGCAAGACUAUUGGGCCCAACUCCUGCUCUUUGCUGAAGUUGCCUACAAUAAUUCAGUGCACAGUAGCACAGGUUUCACCCUUUCUGGGUGACCACAGGCCUGGACACUUUGUCCCUAUGCCAGAACUGCCCCAGCACAGACCCCUGCAUGUAUCAUUAGCUGAGUGCGUCAAAGCCUGCAGAAUACUUAGCCCAUGGUCUGCAAAGCUCUAGAUGAAGUAUAAAAAACAAGCUGACAAGAAGAGAGCACCUCAAAAGGAGUUUAGGAGAUACCUCUUCACUAGUUCUAACAGUCACUAUAACCCUGAAGAAAACUAAAUUCAAAAUAUGUAGUCUUUUUCCAUCACUAGGGUCAUAAACCUGGUGACAGUUGAGUGAAAUGAACCAGGAAUCUUUCCUUGCUAAUUAAACAAGUGGGAUAGAGGACAUUCUUAACACUUGAGCCCUUCAUUUCCCUGCAAGCUGAAGCACUGCUGGCGAUCUAAAAUUCUGACUAUAAAUACUACACAAAAGCUGCUUUAGGACAAUUUUUUCAGUUGCUCUAUCUGCUGUUUAGAAAGCUACUUGUUUCACAAGCCUUGGAUUAUUCCACCCACUUCUUGCUGCUUCCUCUGGCAUUUCACCCAGCCUGCAGGAUACCACAUAGAAGAGCUUUUACAAUCCUGCUUGCCCAGUUGCAAGACACCCAAUGUAUGUUCAGAAGCAGUUUUGUGUUUCCCAGGAGCCCAGUCUUUGCCAAUGUCCCAGUCAGUGAUUUGCCAACCAACUGUCUCCUCAGUAAGCCAGUCCUCAGAAGGCAGUUGGGCCAGCGGGAGAUAUGAGUGCUGUUUGGACUGUCCCAUGUGUAAGUAAAUCUCUGGUUCUAAUAUCUGUGGGGAGUAGCCAGCUGAGAAGGAAGGAAUGAGACCUUGUGAACUAGUUUUUUCUGAAAUAAGACUGGAUUUCUGGGUUAUUUCCAGUAAGUGGACUUCCCAACCUGGUGCUUUCAACAUAGGUUGAUACUAAAUCCCAUCCUGCUCAGCCAUUAUGACCAAGAUGGUUAAACAAGCAAAACCUUUCUAAUUGGAGAAUUGUCAGUGGAGAAGAGGAUGUGAGGGGUCCUUGGUGCUCUCUGAGCUUGGUUGUUUUUAUGCAGAUGUUUCAUUGCCCAAACUAGAUAUCAUCAAUGCUAGUUAAGGAGUGGGGUUUGCUUUCAAAGAAGUGGGUGUUUCUCAUUUCAUUCAUUGUGCCUUCAUUCACGACUGAGGUCAUGCUGUUGUUAUGUCAACAACUGCAGAUAUAGGAUUCUCUUUUAAGGUUUCUCGGAAAUAUAAAAAAUUAUGUAGGAAUCUGGCUUUUGAGGUCAGGACUUUGUUAGACAUUGGCAAAAAAAAUUAACUAUAAACAAUAUUUUAAUUUUAAAUAUCAAGACACCAGCUCAAUUCUCUUUCUUGUUUUGAACAGCUGACAUUCUCAAAGAUGUUUGAAGGGGAUUAACUGCUAACUUUAUUAUGUUGAAAGUUACCCACCUUGUCUUAAAAGUAUAUUGGGAAUGAAGGCAAAUAUAUGUGCCUGAGGAUAAUGUUACAGGAUCCAAUCUGAGUUGGUCACCAGGACCAAAGUUUUAUUCUUCCAAGCUUUUGGACUUGUGCUGGAGCCCAUCCUCAGGGAAACUUCUCUCUCUCACAAUGGUCACAAAUCCACAAGUCUUAAAGUUGCCAAGUUUGGAGACCUCACUUCUAAGGCAGCCCUGCCAAAAUAGGGCUUUUACUCUCCAGAACCACGAGGAUAUAUGUGAAAGGGUUGCAAAAACUGCCCCCCUCAAGUUUACCAUCAUCUAAUCCAGUACAGUUUUUAUUGUGUUGUGAUUUUUUUUUCUCUGAGGGAGCAAAAAGGAACAGCAUAUGACCAUCUCCAUUUCUGAAGUCUGCUUUUCAGCUGACAGGGUCGCUGGUGAUCAUAGUUUAUUACAGAACACAGUCAACCAGUCACUCUCUUAUCCAAGAAGGAUUGGCUAAGUGAGGACUUAGUGGCAAGGAUUACAUGUCUGGACAAUGGAGGACAGCAUUUUCUACCUACUUCUAUUGAUCUUUGCUUCCAUGUGCAUGUUUAUGUUGCUUGGCAGGUUGUGUUGGAAUUUGCUGCCCGGUGAUUCUGAGCUGCUACGUGGCACGCAAAUAUGGAGAACACUGUUGCUUGGCAGUGGUGCCUGGUGGCAUGACUGCACUCCGAACACACAUGCGGGUCUCCUAUGGCAUUCCGUGAUGAAUGACAUCAUUGGGGGCAUAUUCAAUAAAAAUUUUAUGGAUGAGCUAUUUAAGCCACAGGAACUCUAUUCCAGGAAAGCCCUAAGGACAGUUUUCGAGCGGUUGGUUCAUGCCUCCAUCAUGAGACUGAAUGCUCCCAGUAUGGAUAAGCUUUAUGAUCUAAUGACUAUGGCUUUCAAGUACCAAGUUCUCCUCUGCCCUCGACCCAAGGACCUUCUGCUCAUCACUUUCAACCACCUGGAUGCCAUUAAGGAUUUUGUCUAUGAAUCGCCCAAAAUUCUGAACCAAAUUGAUGUUACCUUUCACAAGUUCAUUGAUACCUACAUCUUGCUCUCUGCUGGGGAACUUCAGCUUAUCCGACAAACGCUGCUCAUCUUUUUCCAGGACAUACAUAUCAGGGUUUCCAUUCUCUUAAAAGAUAAAGUGCAGAAUUCCAAUGGCCAUUUUGUGCUGCCAACCUCAAGUUCUGUUCCUUGGGGAACAGAGAUCCCUGGACUCAUCAGACUUUUUAACAGUAAAGGAGAUGAAAUUCAGAGGAUCGAAUUCAGCAGUGGAGGAAAUUAUGUUCUUCCAUAUCGGGAAGGUUCAUUUGACCUUCAUGGAGACAGAGUCAUUAGACUGGGAACAAACAUAUACAGCAUCAGCCGGCCUGUAGAGACAGAUGUAUCAGGGGCCAAAAACUUGGCAUCUCAUGCUAAGGAGAACACUGCUCCCAACCCUCUUGCUAAAGAAGAGCUGAAUUUAUUAGCCAGGCUGAUGGGUGGCUUGGAGAUCAAGAAGCCCCUAGUCAAGGAGGCUGGUUUUCGUCUGAAUCUUUUCACUACUGAUGAGGAGGAAGAACACGCUGCCCUGACUCGUCCAGAGGAGUUAUCUUGUCAAGUUAUCAAGAUACAUGCAGGCCAGGACCAGCAACGGAAUGAGAAGCUGGAUCACAUCAUGGGGGAAUUUGAGAUGUCGGAACAGCAAAGUGAGACAAGCAGCAAAGGAUGUGAUAUGUUGGCAAUGAUGGAUAAGCUAUGACCCUCAGCUGUGAAGAGCCAUGCAGCUUUAAUGCAGAGGAAUGCUAGGAUACCCAGCUUGAUUAGAAGACCUAAGUCUGAUAGAACAGAAUGGAUUCUUAAGCUACUCACUUUUUCUUAGCACAUGAAAUUUGGGAACUGUCUGAGAUCCAUUUAACAGUUCUUUUCUCUGGCAUUAGGGAAAUGUGGGCACACAUGUCAGAGGAUACUCUAUUGGAUAGCAGUUUUGUUCCUGUGCUAUUAGUAACUCUGUUCAUGUUAGCUACAGUUAAAAAAGAAAUCCCAUAAAUCCCCCAGGUAAGUUCUGUAAAUAAAAAUACAUACUAUGAAGUAACAAUUUAUGUUACCCAUAAAAGCUAAGUUUACAAUGAUAGUGCAGCUAUUCUUUUUAGCUGCAGCUGUAAAUAAGACAACCUUCUUUAUUGCAGUAUUCACUCCAGGAAGUUUUUGUAAUCAAAAUCUGAUUAAAGAAAGUUACUGCUCUCCCAGA